GCGACGCAGUGAAGUAGCCCGGGGAACGGCCGGCGCGCUGGCCGGUGGGCGGAGGCCGAGACUCCACAGUUCCUUGCCGGUGGCCCGGCAGUCCGCCCGCCAUGCACCUGCCGCCCGCUGCCGCAUUCCGGCUGCUGCUGCUGCUGCUGCUGCUUCUGUCGCCGGCGGCGGCCAUGACCUCCCCAAAGUCGACAAUGUGCCAGAGGUGCCGGACGCUGGUGGACAAGUUUAACCAGGGGAUGGCCAACACGGCCAGGAAGAAUUUCGGCGGCGGCAACACGGCGUGGGAGGAGAAAACUCUUUCCAAGUACGAAUUCAGUGAGAUUCGGCUCCUGGAGAUCCUGGAGGGCCUGUGUGACAGCAGCGACUUUGAGUGCAACCAGCUCUUGGAACAGCAGGAGGAGCAGCUAGAGGCCUGGUGGCAGACGCUGAAGAAGGAGUACCCUAACCUAUUUGAGUGGUUCUGUGUACACACACUGAAAGCAUGCUGUCUUCCGGGCACCUAUGGGCCACACUGUCAGGAAUGCCAGGGUGGGUCUGAGAGGCCUUGCAGCGGGAAUGGCCAUUGCAGUGGAGAUGGCAGCAGAGAGGGCGACGGAUCCUGCCAGUGUCACGUCGGCUACAAGGGGCCACUGUGUAUCGACUGCAUGGAUGGCUACUUCAGCUUGCUGAGGAACGAGACAUACAGCAUCUGCGCAGCCUGUGAUGAGUCCUGCAAGACAUGCUCAGGUCCAUCCAACAAAGACUGUGUGGAGUGCGAAGUGGGCUGGUCACUUGUGGAGGAUGCCUGUGUGGAUGUGGAUGAGUGUGCAGCAGAGACCCCUCCCUGCAGCGAUGCACAGUACUGUGAGAAUGUCAACGGCUCAUACACGUGUGAAGAAUGUGACUCUACCUGUGUGGGCUGCACAGGAAAAGGCCCAGCCAGUUGUAAAGAGUGUAUCUCUGGCUACAGCAAGCAGAAUGGAGAGUGUACAGAUAUAGAUGAAUGCUCACUAGCAGAAAAGGCAUGUAAGAAGAAAGAUGAGAACUGCUACAAUAUUCCAGGGAGCUUUGUCUGCGUGUGUCCAGAAGGUUUUGAGGAGACAGAAGAUGCUUGUGUACAGACAGCUGAAGGCGAAGUUGCAGAGGAAACCCGCACACAGCCACCCUCCCAUGAGGAUUUGUGACAAGCAUCCUGGUUCAGAAGCCAGACUCACCCUUUUAAGUUAUUGAGAGGACAUCCUAUAGAAAAUGUGGCCCAUGGACAUCAACCCCAUUUCUCCAGGAGACUUUGGAGGGAGGAGCUGCCUACUUUGAAACAGUUGAUAACUCACUUGGCCCUUUAAAAAGCUGCAUUUCUUGGUGGUUCUUAAACAGAUUCGUAUAUUUUGAUACUGUUCUUUAUAAUAAAAUUGAUCAUUGAAGGUCACCAGGAAUCAAAUGUAUCGGUUUGUGUCAUUGAGAAUGGGGAUCUUUAAUGCUAUUGAGUUUGCACCUAUCCUGCCAGAGCUGGGACGUAGAUGAAACCCCAUGUCUCCCCCA